CGUCUGGAAGGAAUUAGACAGCUGAAACAGCGGCAUAGAGACUUUUGGCCACUUCUCUGCGGUCUGUGUAGACUGGAUGCUUGGGGAAACUAUAGAAAUACUUACCUGCAUGCCCCUCAAGACAGCAAAAUACAAAUGAUCUGACUCAUAUUUGAUUAUUAGAGUCUUUGCUGGAAACUUCUUUUUUUGGUGAAUAUGACACUGCCAAAAUUGAUGGCUUUUUUGUAACUUUUUAAAAACUUUUUAAGUAUGAAUGAAACUGUCAGAAGUUGAUGGAGAAAAAUAUUUAUCAUUUUUAUAUAGUGUACUUUUUAUUUAUACUUUUUUAUAUGAAUGAUGCCAAAGUUGACUGACAUGAUGUUUAUGUUUGUACACCUAAGAUGCAUGCGGUGUGUAGUUAAUGACUGCUGACAGACAGUUCAAAACUAGUGCUUAAUAUUUUUGAGCAUCCAGCUGAACACAUUUAGAGGAAACUGCACGAUUCUUUAUUCUUCCUUUUUUUUUAUUAAUGAGGACCAUUUUGAGCGGAUUCAUGAGACUCAUUACUGCACAAGUGUCCUUUAGAACUUUGUCGAGAUUUUUUCUCCCUGUGGAGCGGUACCAGAGCCGCCGGAGUUGACCGCAUCCUUUCUCAAGGACCAAAGACAGGACAACAGCUGCUUCAAGAUGAGUUGUCAAAGAGUCCUUACCUACCUGCGGAUAUUCGGCACCACCAUGUUUGGCGUGUCCCUCCUGGUGGGCAUCUCCACAGCCUACAUCAUGGGCUACCAGUUCUUCACCACAGCCCGCAAUCAUUUAUCCUUCGGCCUGUACGGUGCCAUCUUGGUUGUCCACCUCAUUAUCCAGAGCCUGUUUGCGCUCUUAGAGCACCGAAACAUGAGGCGGUCCUUGGAGACGCCAAUCAAAUUGAAUAAAUCAUUGGCGUUGUGCAUUGCAGCGUAUCAAGAGGACCCAAACUACCUGAGGAAAUGCCUGGUGUCGGUGAAGAGGCUGACAUACCCGGGGAUCAAAGUGAUCAUGGUGAUCGAUGGGAACAAUGAUGAUGACUUGUACAUGAUGGAGAUUUUUAAAGAGAUCAUGGGAUGGGAUAAAGUAGCCACAUAUGUGUGGCGGAGUAACUAUCACAACAGGGGGCCCGAGGAGACAGAUGAGAGUUAUGCUGAAAGCCUUCAGCAUGUCUCCAAACUGGUGCUGAACAACAAGUGCGUGUGUAUCAUGCAGAAGUGGGGAGGGAAGAGAGAAGUCAUGUACACAGCCUUCAAAGCACUGGGGAGGAGCGUGGACUAUGUGCAGGUGUGUGACUCUGACACCAUGCUUGACCCCGCUUCAUCAGUGGAGAUGGUAAAAGUUCUAGAAGAAGACCCCAUGGUGGGAGGCGUUGGAGGAGAUGUACAGAUCCUAAACAAAUAUGAGUCAUGGAUCUCCUUCCUGAGCAGUGUACGGUACUGGAUGGCCUUCAACAUUGAGCGGGCAUGCCAGUCCUACUUUGGCUGCGUGCAGUGCAUCAGUGGGCCUUUAGGAAUGUACCGAAACUCCCUCUUGCACGAGUUCCUUGAGGACUGGUACAAUCAGACCUUCAUGGGAUCCCACUGCAGUUUUGGUGAUGACCGCCAUCUCACCAACAGAGUUCUCAGCCUCGGGUACGCAACCAAAUACACUGCACGGUCAAAGUGCCUCACAGAGACACCGAUUACAUACUUGCGGUGGCUCAAUCAGCAGACUCGAUGGAGUAAGUCAUAUUUCAGAGAAUGGCUUUACAACUCCAUGUGGUUCCACAAACACCAUCUAUGGAUGACUUAUGAGGCUGUGAUCACAGGGUUCUUCCCAUUUUUCCUCAUUGCCACUGCAAUCCAACUCUUCUACCAAGGAAGGCUCUGGAAUAUUCUGUUGUUUCUUCUCAUUGUGCAGGCAGUGGCGCUGAUCAAGUCAUCAUUUGCCAGCUGCCUCAGAGGUAACAUUGUCAUGGUGUUCAUGUCUUUCUAUUCUGUACUGUACAUGUCAAGCCUGUUGCCAGCCAAAAUGUUUGCAAUAGCAACAAUCAACAAGUCUGGAUGGGGGACCUCUGGAAGGAAAACAAUAGUGGUGAACUUCAUUGGCCUGAUUCCUAUAUCAGUUUGGUUCACCAUCCUCUUCAUUGGGAUUAUCUACACAGUAAUCCUGCAGACUAGAAAACCCUUUCCUGAAUCAGAAAAGAUUGUUCUGGUCAUAGGGGCAGUUGUCUAUGCCAGUUACUGGGUCAUACUUGUGACGUUAUAUGCAGUGCUCAUAAAUAAGUGUGGGAAGAGGAAGAAGGAAACACACUAUGAUAUGGUGCUGGAUGUAUGACCUAUAGACUACAGUCAUCAUUUACCACUAUGUUUUGGGGUUGUUUUCACUCACCUUGUUGUUGUUGUUAUACAAAUAUUUUUCAGAUGCAGAGCAGCUCUGGAGGAUAAUCUGGUUCAGUUCAACCAAAAUGGGCAAAAACCCAGGAUCUUUUCAAACUUGAAUAGCAAAAAAAUGUUAAUGGCAGUGGCUGCUUAUUUGUUCAUUCAUGACCAUAGCAUUCAUGAUCUUGGAACAUCAACAUGCUAGCUAAUUAGCUUACCUAGAUUUAUCUAAUCUAAUAUGUUUAGCUGAAGAUCAGCUACUGUAGGCUAUAGCUAACCCUGAUAACUCAGUAUGGCGAGAUUAAAUAUAUUGCAGUUGGCAGCAAGAGUGCUAGGCUUCAUAAUAAUAGCUACCUCUUACACUUGUCAUGUUCACUGGGCUUCAGUCUAACAUUAGCAACUUAGCCAAAGAAACUGGAUCUUGUGUUCAUUAAGGUUGAACCCAACCAGUAUGAAUAUUCUACCUCCAGAGCAACAUUGUGUCCAAGAAAUGUUUGUAGAUCCAACUGAAAAUCAACCUACAUGUUGCCCCUACCAAAGGGAAGCCAAAAGGACCACCACAUAACUUCAAUUUGAAAAUACCAGCAUACUGUACCUGCCCUGCCAGGCUUUUAUAUAUGGGGCUGUCUCCACUGUCAAAUGACUGCACAAAACUGAAGAUCACAUUCAUAACUCUAAAAGGUAUUGAGAGAGGCUACUGCCAUCACUAUCAAAUUAGUGUAAUUGUAGGCCACCCUACCAUUCUUCAUCUGUUUUUUCAUCCCAUUCUAAUGUCACAUGGUCUAAAUUGUUACCUCUGGGGGCGAUGCAUUGCUGUGCCUUUUCAGUGUCUUUAGGAAGAGCUACAGUAUCAAUGCACAAAGAGUGAAAGGGUGCAGAAAGGGCUAUAAAAAGGAGAGCUCUUCUCUUUCUAUUGUUGCAUUCAAGUCAUAUGGGAUAGAUACAGUGCAAACUUCCUCUCACUCUUCACCCAUACAGCUUAAGACAGUAAAUACCGCAUCUGGAACUGCCAGUUGAAAAAGAUUACUGGACUACCUUCAUUCUGACAAAAAGAAAGCACCUGUAGUUAAGUGAAAUGCACAAUGUAUUCAUACAGUCAUACAUUUAUUUAAACACAUAAAUCAAUCGGACACUUAAAAAUGUUGUUGUUAUUCCCAUAUGACAUGAAUGCAGUAUUUUUCUCAACGUUUACAAAGUGAAGAAUCUCAAACUGAUCACUGAUUGGUAGAUCUAAUCUCCAAUGGAUCAGGUGAUCAGGUGAACAUAUGACCAGAAGAGAGAUGGUGUAUCAUUGCUGCUGUGACUGUUUUAUUUUUUACAGAAACAAUGACUUUUGUUUUUCUUUUCUUUAAUAUGAAUAAUGGGUGUAUGUUGCAAAAUGGGUUUAACACUAUUUUUGUUAAUGUAUUAAGAGAAAAGAUUUUGUGAUUUUUGCCUCCCACAUGCCCUUGCUCUCUUCCUUCCAUCACAUACUGUAUUGGGGAUAAUGUGGCUAUAUCUCUCUGCUUCCUUGCAUUGUGAUGAAUGAAGUGAAAAUCUUUCACUUGCAAGGGAAGGAAACAUUAACGUCUCUAAUGGGAGCAAAGUACUACCUGAUAAUAGGAAUGUGAAUAAGGGCACUUGAUGGAAGGGAACAGCAUUUUGGAAUGAAAUAUGUCCAGUGUUUGCUAUAGACUAGGAGAAGACAUGAGUUUAAUUCUUAUGCACUUUUAUGUCUCUCCCGUCGUCCAGUGUCAUGCUUGACAUAAUCAAGAUGAAAUACCUCAGUGGUUCUCCAUGCAUUGCAUCAAAGUGUCAGGAUGCCGUCCAAAGACUGAUGCAUUCUGAAGGUCUCAAGUAAUUUAUGAUCUGUUUGUGAUAUUAAAUAUAAAAGUGUCCUUUUUAUACGCAGUUCCUUAUUAAGUCAAAGCUGGAUUUCUCUGCCUUGUUGGCCCUUUGCUGUAGCCGUUUACUUAUUGUUACUUGUAUUUCAAUGCAUUUUUAUAUAUAGACAUUUUUAUUCUAUUUUUGCUUAGCUACCAAAGAUUCUUUAUUUUCAUUCAUGUUUUUAUAAGAAAAAUGGAAAAAAAUGUAUUGUGCUUUCAACUGUUCUGACAAUUACUUGUAUAUCUGACCAAACAAUGUGAAAUUAUGAGCUGGGGGUUUUGUCUGCAAUAACAACAAUAAAAAUGCAAUUUGUAGGGAUAAGUUAUUGAUUUCAAUAGAGAUGAUGAACCUGUGUUUUUGUACUUUGUACUCAGAUAGAAAACCAGCAUAUUUAUGUAAGAACAUUCUGUGGUUUAUAGCAUUCUGUACUUGGUAAAAUGUACUCUGGUAAAUAUGUAAAACCCCUAAGGUUCCAUAUGUUGACACAGCAAAAACAAUGAAUACAUUAAUAUAUUAUAUACAACACUUAAAUAUAUGUUCUAUCAAGGAUUAUCAAGCUUAUUUCAAUAUGUUCCACGUUAAAUUGUUAAAAAUAUGAAAAUAUAAAUAUUGAAGUGUGCUUGAUAAUCCAUUAGUCAAGUGAACAUAAUUGCUAUAAUCAUAUUGUUAGAUUUAUUUGUUUGCAGUGUUGAAAUUAUAUGGAGUCAUGCUCUCUAUGUUCAGUUCUAAAUAAAAUAAAGAAUAAAGCCAACGCAGACUUAAAACCAUCAUCCAAAACCAUUUCAAAAGCAUUUGCACAAAAAUGUAAUUAUCUGCAAAUUAUAUUGUGUUUUAAAGUUGUGAGGUGACUUAUUGAGUAAUAAUGGAAGAAAAAGAAAAACUGAGUGACAUUUUUAUACAGUUUUAAGGUUUGGUUUUAUUCUAAGGUUUAAUAAAUGAGACCAAUAAUUGAACCAUGAGGUUAUUUUCAUGCCAAAGUAGUCAU